AUGAAAAUUGUUGAUUUUGGUCUCUCUAAUACUUAUGAUGAUCUAUUAAAGACAGCUUGUGGAUCACCUUGUUAUGCAGCACCUGAAAUGAUAUCAGGAAAACUUUACAGUGGUUUAAAAGCAGAUAUAUGGAGUAGUGGAGUAGUAUUAUUUGUGAUGUUGUGUGGAUACUUACCUUUUGAAGAUGCAAAUACAAAUUAAUUAUACAAAAAAAUUCUAUCAGCCAAUUAUAAGGUUCCUAAUUUUUUAAGUAAUGUUGCAAAAGAUCUUUUAAUAUAAAUUUUAAAUCCAAAUCCUGAAAAUAGACCAAACAUUGAUUAAAUUAGAAAACAUUCUUGGUUUAAUUUAUAUAAAACUAGUUUUUAAAUUAAGCAAGGAAUUUUAAUUGGAUAACAUAAAAUACCAAUAGAUAACAAUGUUGUUAAUUAAGUAGAAAAAUUGGGAUAUUCAAAAAAAUAUAUAUAUUAAUGUUUAAUUUCAAAUUAACAUAAUGAUGCCACUACUGCUUAUUAUUUAUUUUUGGAUUAAAUUAUAUAAUCUGGAGGAUAAACAUGUGCUGAUAUAGCAUCAGAUUAAUUUUAGGCUCAAUUGAUUGAAUAAAAUUCUUAGACAGCAAACAGUGAAAUUAAAAUAAAUAUGACAAUAGAAGAUGAAAAAUAAGAUAAUAUUGUAUUUUAUUAUAAUUUUAUUAAAUUAUAUAACAUUCAAUAAUAACACUAGUAUAAAUUGUUAAUAAAUUCAAUAAAAACCUUAUAUUACUCCUAUAAAUCUAUCGAGUAGAAGAUCAAACAAGACUGA